AUGCGGGGGGAGCUGAGCUUUGAUGGCCGACCCUCCGGCUAUCGGGACUUCAGGCGGAAGGUCAUUCUUGGAGUGGCCGGCUUGGAGGACAAGAUCCAGCAUCUGGCUGGACCCAGGCUUCUGCAGCGUCUGCAUGGAGAAGCCUGGCGGGCAACGGAGCACCUCACGGUGUCAACGUUGCGGAGCACAGAAGGUUGGCUUCGAGUGCUGAAGGCCCUGGACGAGCACUACAAGUAUCUGCCAGAGACGGAAUUACACGAGGCGAUAGAUGAGUUCAUGUUCCUCCUCAAGAAGCGCAACAACGAAGGCGCUACAGCGUUCGCCUCGAGGUUCAAGACCCAGCUCAGCAGAGUACAAUCGCUCAUAGCCCAGGAGCGGGAGACCUCUAGGCAGAAGAGGCGAAAGAAGGUCGACGAGGAGGCCAACCCCCUCGACGACUCCAGCGUGGAGGAAUCUGGAGAGGAUGGAUCCCGAAGUGAAACUCCUGAUGCAGCUGCUGCCGCAGACACUGCAUCGGUUCCUUCGGCGAGCCCUGGAGAACGAGAAGGUUCUGUGCGAAGCGGGAGCCACCGUAGUCAUCGUGCUGAUGGAGCCGGUACUGCUGCCGGAUCCACACGGAGCUCAGGUCGUGGUGUUCGACGACCUCGAGAAGAGGAUGAGGUGGACCCCAAGGAUGCGAAGGACGACACGCGAAUGCAGCGACUGUUGGGGACGUUGGAGAGAUCCACUAUGCGCCCCAGGCCAGUGUUCCCGCAAUCAGUGCUUGGGCACCUGUUCAUGCGGAAGUUUGGCCUCAGUCGGGAGCAGCGCGCUCAGGUCAUCCGGGCUACGGGAGGUUCAUCCAGGUUUCAGGAUGUGGAGCGCAUCAUGCGCGCAUCAGACAUGGAAGAUCGCCGCCCGGAGCAACGUCCACAGCUGCCCCACAAGGGCAAGCGGGAGGUCUACGCGAUGGAGUACGGCGACGACUCUAGCGAACUCAUCGAGCCCGACUUCGAGGACUCCGACGAAGAGGUCAAUGCGGUCUACCAGGAUGAGUACGACCCCGAGGAGGACCCCGAGGAGCAAGAAGAGCUGGCCGAGAUCUACGCAGUCCAGCAGAAGGCGAAGAAAGAGUUCAAGAAGAGCUACAGGACCUACAAGGAGUCGAAGAAGAAGGUCCGCGAGAUCAAGCGAGCUAGGCAGCCCUACUUGCCGGUGGUCGCACUUCAGGAGAGCGAUCCCAGCGGUCCGUCACAUGGGUCUGCCAAGCCAGUCUUCAAGUACGACAAGAAACCGGGAAAAGGCGCAGGAAAGAAAGGCGCUGACCGGAAGCCUGUCCGGAAGGAAGAGGCCCACCUCGCCGGCGAGUCCUUCAUCACCGAGUUCAACUACAUGGUGAAUACCGACGAGAUGGAGGUGCUGCUCAACUCGAUCCCGAUCGGCCGUGCCAUCAUCGACACGGGAUGCACUUCCAGUGUGGUUGGAGAGGACACCGUCGAGGCCCUGACCAAGCACUUCAUCAGUCAGCAAGUGCCAGCUCCACAGGAGGUCAGUCUGCCUCCAGUCGAGCUGAAGGGAUUCAACGGCCACACGGAGAGAGCCACAAAAGGCCUCAAGUGGCUGGUGAAGCUUGGGUCAUUGUGGGGCUACAUCACCACCUACGUGAUCCCAGGUAAAACCCCGUUCCUGCUGUCUCGUAAAGUGUUGCAGGGCAUGGAGGCCACCUUGGACAUGGGCAACCUCACCAUCACCAGCAAGAAGCAUGGGAUGAUCCGGGUGCCACUUCAACAAGCCGCCAACGGGCAUUUGAUGAUGCCGCUCUUGGAUGAAGGCUUGGAUCAGAGUUGGCAGCCAGGACGUGAUCCUCGCCAGAACCGUCGUGAAGGCGAGACUCUGGUCAUGGACGAUAGCAACUACGAGCCCUACGUGGAGCCGUCGGACGAGAAGAUUGUGGAGCCCGAGGACCAAGCCAAGCUGCCAAAGUAUUUCAUCAGGAUGUGCCGGGUGAUGAUGACUUUCAACUUAAUGCAGAAGAAGAUGAGUUACAAGACGCACUGCUUCAACAAAGCUGACCGACAAGAGCAUUUUGAGAACGUGUGCCGGCCAGUUGACAGCCCUUGUGAGCUCUCAAGCUUAAGUGCGCUGCUUGCUCUGACCAUGAGCAAGGCCAAGAAGACGUUCGGUGAGUUCGGCAAGUUGGCUGAAGAUGGGCCGCUGAGUGAAGAGGAGGUCAUCCAGACCGCCUACAUGAUCAACCGCGCCGUCGCCCACAAGCAGCUGCCUCAGGUCACCGACCUCCUGUUGCUUAAGUUCGCAAAGGAGGAGUUCCUCGAGAGCAUGACCGACGCCUGCAAGAGACGCCGUGAUCCCGAAGAUGAUGGCGAGAGCCUUAGCAGCUGGCUCACCUUGGAGGCAGUGGGAAGCCGAAGCUACCACCCGGGUGCUACGUCUGCACCGAUGCCUAGCCAGUCCGCAAUGGGCUAUUCGCCCGCAUCCGCUGCGGCUGGACUUCAGAUGCCUCACACCAGCGAUGUGAGCAUCAAGCUUCCUCCCGGGGUGCCCGAUGUGGACACCUGGGGACGUACCCUGGUCAAGCUCCCCAAGUAUGCCAAAAUGUCUUGGAACUAUGAGGAGGUGGUUCGCCAGAGUAAGAUCAACACCGAGACCAAGCGCUACCUUGGUUGGAUCCUCCGGACCUACGGCAACCACAGCCGCGAGAACUCAGAGAGUCAGGCCGUGGACCUUGCAGCCUACUUGCGCCGCAUCCGUUGGGAGCCGGAGCAGAUUGGCAUGCAGUCCACGGACUCGGGCGUGGCCUUGCGCCCCAUGCGGGACUUGGCGCAGCAGCUGGCGGCGCAGCUGCGAGCGUGGCAGGCUCCUGAGCUCGGGAACCCUGCGGUGGCAGAGCUGGUGGGUCGGCUGCCAGAGCCUGGCGUGUUAGAUGACAUCGCAGAGCUCCUGCGGUGCCAGGCUUGCACUCCCUACGAGCUGGCCUACCACGGCUUGCCGGCCAGACUUCUGCCUUUGCUGUCUUCCAGCUCAGAGUGGCCCUGGCCUUCGGCGAGCUUCUCCCCCAAGACCCUGGAGGCGCUAGUUCCAGCGCUGCAGUGGCUGCUGGGUCUCUGUGAGACCUUCCCAGUCGCCGCAGCGGAGGGCCCCAUCUCGGGCGUGGAUUGCCUGGCGCUGGCCCCACCGAGGGCUUCCUGGGCCUCGCGCAGAAUGAGCGGCGUGAGCAGCGCCUUGCUCGUCUGCGUGCGUGCGACCUUCGUGGACGUCGAGGAGCUGAGCGUCAAGCCUUACAAGCUUCAACGGUCACACAGCGAACCAGCUCUUUGCACCCAGGAGGAUGUGGGCGUGGAGUCUCCAGAGGUGAUGUCAAUGUGGAAGAUCAAUACGCAGCAAGCAGAUCCGAUCGACGACCAGCUUGACAGUCGAGGCAACGAAGGCAGCCUGGGGCACCCGGAGGUGUGCCGCCGGCCCUGCGUGCAUUUCGCGGCCCGCGGGUGCUCGGCGGGCAGGGCGUGCAGCUACUGCCACGCCGAGCACCCCAAGAGGCCGCCCAGCUUGGACAAAGCCUGGAGGAGCCGCCUCGGGAAGUUGACGGAGGGCCAGUUGCUAGCAAUUGUGUUGGGUCAAUUGCGGGCGCGGGCCGAGCGCAAGAACUUCCUCCCGGCGGCCGAGGGCCUGCUGGGGAUCCUGGAACGCAGGUGGCAGCAGCUGGGCGCAGAGUUGCCGCGGCUGAUGUCGGAGCAGCAAUCAAUGAGACGGGUCCUAUCGAAGAUGACCUUCGCUGGACUGCUGAGUUUAGCGACUUCCAAAACGAAUGCGGAUCCAUUCCUGCAAGAAAUUAAAGUGGCGCUCGAGCAGCUUCGCCGGGAAAAGCAAGUGCUCCAGUCGAUGGGAAAGACGCCCUAA